AUGGGCCUCUUCCCGCUCUCGCCUAUGUUCUGUCGUCCAUUCUUGGGCACCGCACACAGGGCUGCCCGCACGCCGCCCUUGAACGGGCGGUACUUCGUCCCGAGCGCAGCGCAGACCGCCGCCCGGUACCAGCACAGCUACACGAGCGCAGAGUUCGCGCAGAAGAUCAGGAUAAUGCUGCACAUGAAGCAGGGAGCCCGGCAGGACUGGUACAAGUUUAUUGUCAAGAUCGGAUUCACCGGCCUCGGUUUGGGUAUAACGUUCCUCGCCGCCCCGGUGCUCUACUGCGAUCCUGUAACGUCCAAGCCUGCGCCUCCAACCACCACCACCGCUCUCCCUCCUCCUCAGGGCAAGGCCGUGUCUGCUCAGCCGUCAACACCUCCUCCACCUCCCCCAACUUCCAGUAUCAACUUCUACGAGCUCACCUUCGGCACCGUAUGCGGUGUAUGCGCGGGCGUAUUUGUCAAGAAGGGCGUGAAGGCUGCCGCUUUCGUCCUCGGCGGUGUUUUCGUCCUGCUUCAGUACCUCGGCUCGCUUUCGCUCGUGCGCGUGAACUGGUCAAGCGCAGCGAAUCGAUUCGAGAGCGUAUUCUACUCAAAAGACCCUGUUACGGGAGCGAAGAGGCCGCCGAACGUCGGCUCCUUUUUCCGCUGGAUCAUCGAUUUCCUCACCGCUGACUUCCAGGGGAGGGCAUCGUUCGUUGCGGGCUUCACCCUUGGUAUUCGGAUCGGUUGA